UUUCAGAGAAAAGUGUUACAGUAUUACGGGGCUGGAGGAUAACCACACAGCCCCAAAGAAACCCUAGGAGAAACAACUUAGCUAUCGGAAAGAGAGAAACGAAGGAGAGGAGGGUGGGAAACGGGGGGAGAGGGAGAGAGAGAGAGAAGCUGAAAGGCGGCGAGGAGACCAAGCUAGGGAACGUGAGUAUUCUCUUUCUCGGAGUCGCUAACCCGGGUGGGUGGGUGGAAGUAGCAACUGAAAACCCCAGCUUUAAAAAAACAAAACGAAACUUUAAAGCUUAAGGAAGGAAAAUAGCAAUUGAGGAAGCCUUCUUUGACACGCAGUGCAGAAUAAAGCGCCCCUUUACAACGGUUACUUAAAAUGGUUACUCUGUUCUACCCCUUUCAAUUAUUUUUCUAUCCCUAGGAUUCCUAUAGCAGUGGGGAAAUAGCCCCAGCCUCACCAAUUUCAGCCCGGAUAAGUUUCCAAUCUCUAUUUAUUUCUAAGAUAUAAAGGGGGCGGGGAGGAGAGACCCAAAAUGUGUCAGCAGGGCUUCCAAAUCCGUUCCUUCAGUAGCCAGCGCUGUAGAGCUAGCUGUGGGUUGGCUGGGAGCUCCGGAUUGUUUAAUAGAAAGAUUUAUAUACUAACAGUAUUAUUUACUUUGGGAGGGGAGGUGGCAGUCUAAGAGUAUGCUAAUUAGCCAGAGAUUUGGAGGGGGGUUGGGAAGGGGGAGGAAUAUCAAUUUUUAUUGCAUCACCUGUCAGGAGUGUCCAAUCAGCGUUGGCUUUAGGGGAAUUAAUUGAUGAAGGUGUCUCCGGACGAGCUCACUUCACUCUGUCAUUUGAUUUGGAGCGAAAGCAGCGGCGGGAAGAGCGGCUGCGUCGCUUUCCUGGUCUUCCAGCAGCAGCCCUCUUUCCUCGCAUUCCUUUAUCCUGGCUGGGCCAGGGGAGGAAAGCCGCCAGCCAAAGGGCGCAGGUAGCCAGCCUUGCAUCCCUGCCGUCGAGAAACACCGGGGGGCAACCAAGUCGAUUUUUUAGCACCCCUUUUCUUCCCCUCAGGCAAUUUUACAGGACAUGGUUUUUUUAUCCACGCCAUCUAGAGCAGUCUCCCCCUUUCCCCCGUCCCUCUUUUUUUCCUUAGUGUGUGCAGAUUUUUUCCCCUUCCACCUUCCAAAGUUUGAUCAGGAAUAACAGGCUUUGUUCUCUUCCGUUCAGCAGGAUGCCUUGAGAUCAAAUCCAGCGCCUGCCUGUGGAUUUUUAUCGCAUUUUCAGUGUGGAUUGCUCCUCUCUCUCUCUCUCUCUCUUCCCCCUCCUCACCUUCCGCCGCACACCUUUUCCCUUUGCUGUUGCUGCUGCCGGUGUCCGUUCCAACGGGUGUGUUUGUGGAGGGGAGGUCGCUGUCCCGUUUUCUGCUCCCCCUGCCCCAAUGGUGGGAAUAAUUUAAAGGCGCGCCAUGGGAGACCUGAAAUCGGGCUUCGAAGAAGUGGACGGCGUGCGCCUGGGUUACCUGGUGAUCCAUGGCAAGCAGAUGUUCGCCCUCUCUCAGGUCUUCACGGAUCUUCUGAAGAACAUCCCGCGCACGACGGUGCACAAGCGCAUGGACCACCUGAAAGUCCAGAAGCAUCACUGCGACCUGGAGGAGCUGCGGAAGCUCAAAGCCAUCAACUCCAUCGCUUUCCACGCGGCCAAAUGCACCCUCAUUUCCCGCGAGGACGUGGAAGCUCUCUACACCUCGUGCAAGACGGAGCGGGUCUUGAGGACUAAGCGCCGGGGGACCGCCGGCUCCGUGCAGCCUUCCCCCGGAUCGGACCCUAAGGCGGCCUUUUGGAAAGACGGAGGCAAACUUUGGCUGGGUUUGAAUGGAGCCACAACGCCUCUGGCCAGCCGGAGGAAAGCCUGGCGCAAGGCGGCUGCCGUGGCGGCGGCAGCGGCAGCAGCUGCAGCCGCCGAGUCAGGCGCUUUCCUACCGGCUUCGGAUCUACCUCACUUUUGGAGCAAAUCGCCCGGGCUCAGUUCUCCGGGACUGGCCCAAUCCCCUCGCAAAGUGUCCGUAAACUAUGAAACUGUCCCGCUCCGACCCCGUUACGUCUCCCUGGCCUCGGAGCCGGCUUGUUUUCGGAACCUCCUCUGCUCCAAACAUCCGCAUUACUACUACCGCUCGUCGGCCGCCAUUGCCAGUCAACCCAAGCUGGCUGCAACCGCCGCCGCCGCUGCCGCCGCCCCCCUCCCCAUUCCCCGAGGCAGCCCUUUGGGUCCUGGCUGCCGGUCCUCCAAGAGGAAGAAAACCACCGAGAGACGCUUCUCGCCGGAUUGCAGCCAGCGCCUGCUGAUCGUGCCCCGCUUUUGCAAGCCAGCCAAAGCCGCCUCCUUGGAGAGGCUGCCCGGCUUGAACAGCUUCUUGGCGCCGCCAGCCCACCGGCAUUUCCCGGAGACCUACAGCAGUGAUUCCGAAUCCAGUUCCUAUUCUGACCAACCGGCCAACGACUCCGAUUUCUGCUCCAGUUUAACCAGCACCAGUAACUCGGGUUCUUCGGAGGAAGAGGAGGAGGAGGAGGAGGAAGAGGAAGGUAGCUGCGCCUCGGAGUCGAGCGAACUGAGCUCCGAGGAAGAGGACGACGAGGAGGACGACGAGGAGGAAGACAGCAGUUCUGAAUCCGAUUCAAGCACCGGUUCCAGUCAAGUGUCGGUACAGAGUAUCCGCUUCAGACGCACCAGCUUCUGCAAGUCGCCCAGCCCCCUAAGUCAAGCCAACCUCUUAUAUCAGCAUCCUUCUUUGGAGCUGCCCGGUCCGGCGCGGACCAUCAAAUCCGAAGCGUCUGAGGAGGAAGAGAACUGGAGCGGCCACACGGGCUGGGUUCCCAAGACCGAGCCUGGUUUGGGCUGUCACAACUCGGGCGGCGUGUGCUUCGGGGCGCUCAGCCAGGCAACGGCAGGCGGAGGCGGAGAGGACAAUGGCUGGCCCUUGGCUGGACCGUGUUCCCCCACCACACCUGAUGUGAAGCCUGCUGAGAGGACAGCGGGCCCCGGCUUGGCCCAGGAGGACUCGUCGCCCAACCCAAAGAUAAGCCAGGCUCUGCCACAACAAAGACUCUUCCGUGAGGGGAAGAAAGUCCAGCCAGGCGUCCCCGUCUUCCCUUCCCCUUCUCCUCCUCCUCCUCCUCCUCCUCCUCCUCUUGCCAGGACAGAAAGCCCCACCGCUGCUCUUGGGGGGCUACCCAGGAAGUCCCCAGAAGAUGCUCAACGGGAUGACCCCUCGCCUCCCUGCCCAAGCUGGUGUUCCUCUUCCCACAGCCAGCCAGAGGAGGCGGCGGCGGCUGCUGCUGCUGCUGAAAGCUCCGAGUCUUUAGGUGCUGUCCCACUGUUCCCCUUUGUACCCAUUGCCCAGAUCAAAGUCGAGGACAGCAGUGCCAAUACCGAGUACGGAGCCCUCCCCAGCCCCAGCCCCAGCCCUCUCAAGUGCGAAGAGCAGCCCAAGGUGGAGGCGGACGGCGAGCUGCCCCUCCGGCCGCCACGGCCGCCGCCCUUGCCCAGCCCGGCCCAGCCGCCUCAGGACCUUCUGCUGCCAGCCAAGGAAGACCCCGCCUGCACUGACGAGCCUCCCAGCCCUCCCCUGAGUCCGACGACGACGACGACGCCGGCCCCCCUGAGCCAGGCCCUCGCCGCAUGCACUUUAGGCGCUGCCGUUGCUGCUGCCGCCGCCGCCGCCGCCGCCGCCACACCCGAGGACGGGGAAUACAAAUUCGGAGCCCGGGUGAGGAAGAACUACCGGACUUUGGUGCUGGGCAAACGAGCCAUCCUGCCCAGCCCGGCGCCCCUUAAACCAAAUCUGAAAUCUGUGCGGGGUCCCCGGCCUACCGCCCCGGGGAAGCUCUUGGAGGCCCAGGAAGGGACCCUGGAUGACUUGACGGUGCUCGGGCGGCGCAAAAGGGUGGCCGGCAGCGUGGCCUCGGCUGUCAAGCGGCCCUUUAGCUUCAUGGGCAACUUCCCCUGCCCGCCCUCUUUAGUGGUUGGUUUGGACGGGGAUUUGUUGCCAGCUUAUACUUUAAACACCGCUAAGGAUGCUCAGCCACCUCCCAAGGCCCAUCCUGUCUGGAAAUGGCAGCUGGGCGGGUCAGCAAUACCUCUUCCACCCAGCCACAAAUUCAGGAAAUUUAAUUCAUGAAAGAGAUCUGAAUAGGAGGGAACCUUACUUCAUGGCUAUUGAGUCCUUGGGAUUUUUCUUUCCUCACCACCACCAGAUUCUGUACGUUUGAGCCUGUAGGCUGGCUGGUUUUACUCAUCACAUCUUUUCCCCACUUCUUUUUAAUUUAAAUGUGGAAUCCUGGUUUAUACUCUUUUGGGGGAAGACAAAUAAUUUGAUUACUAUUUUAUUUGCCAUGAAAGGAGUUGGUGGGAAAAGACAGAAGAUGGGUGGGGAGAGGUCUUACAAUCCACAGACUACUGCAGGAUAAAGUCUCAAGUCUGUUUAAAAAACAACAAAACAAAACACACCUCAGUGGAAUCUGCUAAAACUGGAACACUUUACUGUCUCAAAAUGCUAAUAAUACACCUGGUACCUCAAUUCAACUGCUACAAGUAAAUGUUUUUUUAAGUUGAAUUAUAAUUCGAAUGAGCCAAUAAUAUGUAAUGCACUAGAUUUGGAACCUGGAAGUCUAACUGUUCAAUUCCAUUCUUGUUCCUUCAGCUAGAGGUUGCACAGGGGAAUUUCGCUAGAUCAUUCAGCUAUAGGGGAGCCAUCCACUUCUUUGCAUGGAGUUUCUUCAGUUAGAACCCUCCAACCCCCAAUCCAGCCACCCACCUCUUUCAGCAAAAACAGUUGCACUCCUGUAGUUGGCAGAGGGGGUGUGUCUCCAGAGCAAUACUAGGGAAGUAGCUUCAUCAUCAGCAAAUCAAUAGAUGUGGAUUGAAAGCUGCUUCUGUGUUUUAAGGGCAAUAGAGAAAAGUCUCUGAAAGCAAAAGGAACAGGAAGAAGCCACUCUUUACAAAGCCAGUGGAUAGGGAGGAGACAAAUGCUUUCCACGAAACCUUUAGUUAGCCACCUACAUCAUACUUGGCUACUGUCUUAAAUCCAGCCUGCAUUGCAGGCCAGUCCUGUUCACUUUUACUUGAAAAGCUCCUUAAAUUCAGUGUGAUCCCCCCCUCCCCAAGUAAGUAAUGUAUAAGAAUUGUGCCCUUAAAAUAAUUAAGAUUAUUGUGGAGCAAGGUGUAGACUGUUUCAUAAUUCUGUUGGCUUUUGGUACUGGGAGAAUGUCUGACAAAAGAUGGUUUCCCCAGAUUGGUAAGGCAGACAAAUCUUUGAUUCUCAUUCCCCCUUUGGAGGCAAUUAAAAGAAAAUGUAGCUGAAUCCAACAUACUAAAUGCAACAGGGGCUCCAGUAGAAGGAAUAUUUUCGGUGGAGAAUAUACGAUAUUCUUGGUGGCUGCUUUGGUACCAAAACUCAGGCAUUUAAACCAGGACGUGUCACUGUUUCUAUUCAUCUUUGGAAACUUGUUUUCCCAACCUAUCUUUGUAGCAGGAACAUUUUACUGCACGUGACAAUCAGAGGCAAUUGUCUGUAUUUGCACUUAAAACUCGACAUAGUUGAAGCAGGCAGACUUCUAGAGUCGAGCCUUUGGUAAGACAUGCCAGUGUAAUAUGUUGUGAUGUUGGAAGCAGUAAAUCAAAAUGAUGGAAAUUUGCACUGUUGGAAAAAGCAUGCUUUAGCUUUAUUUUCAAUUAAAACACUGUUUUAAAAAAAGA